GUGUGUUUUUGGUGCUCUCACGCCGUGUGUUCGCCAGGUUUCUGGAAGUUUCCGGACGGGGGGUUAUAGGUGUCUGUUCCACGGGCCCGGAACCCAGUGCUGACAGGGAGACAUGUUCGGCUGCCUAGUGGCCGGGAGGCUGGUGCAGACGGACGCCCAGCAGGUAGCGGAGGACAAGUUUGUGUUCAACCUGCCCGACUACGACAGCAUUAACCAUGUGGUGGUCUUCAUGUUGGGCACGAUCCCCUUCCCCGAAAGGAUGGGGGGGUCCGUCUACAUCUCGUACCCGGAUCAGAGCGGGAUGCCGGUGUGGCAGCUCCUCGGCUUCAUCACCAACGAGAAGCCCAGCGCCAUAUUCAAGAUCUCCGGCCUGAAGUCCGGGGAAGGCGGCCAGCAUCCCUUCGGAGCCAUGACUAUACCCCAGACCCCGUCCGUGGCGCAGAUCGGGAUUUCCGUGGAGCUUCUGGAUCAGUUGGCGCAACAAACCCCGGUGGUCAACGCGGCCGCAUCCACGGUGGACUCGUUCACUCAGUUCACGCAGAAGAUGCUGGAUAACUUCUAUAACUUCGCCACGUCCUUCGCCGUGUCCCAAGCCCAAAUGACGCCAAACCCUUCCGAAGUCUUCAUACCAGCGAACGUCGUCCUAAAGUGGUACGAGAAUUUCCAGAGACGCCUGACGCAGAACCCAUUCUUCUGGAAGACAUAGACCGAGCUGGGGGUCCCG